AUGAGUCGAUCGCUGCUGCGCUCCGUUCUGGAGCUCAGGACACCAAUCACCCGCCUCCCGCCGACCUUCCUUCUCCCGAUCCACGCCCGGCGGUUCAACUCUACGGCGCCAAUCAUCGAGCCCGCUGCCCACGAUGCGCCGCCCGUCGCCCCCUCAGACGCCGCAACGAAGCCCUCAAUAGCACAGCAGGCCCAGGCCGCUGCUGCGAAGACCGCGACGCCGUCCUCGACGACCCCGAUCGCCGAAUCUGUGCAGGCCGUCCUUCCCUUCCUGGCUGCCCAGCCCAACCACUAUAUCACCUUCCACAUCCAUGGACGCCCUUACCUUGUCCAGCCCGGCGACAGCGUACGUCUGCCCUUCAAGAUGCCUGGCGUUGUACCCGGCGACGUCCUCCGCCUGAACCGUGCCUCCGUCAUUGGCAGCAGAGAUUACACUCUCAAGGGCGCGCCUUUCAUCGACGAGCGUGUGUUCGAGUGCCGCGCAGUCGUGACAGGCACCGAGAGCGAGCCUAUGCGGCUUAAGACAAAGACAAAGAGGAGGCAGAGGAGGGUGAAGACGGUCAAGAGCAAGCACCGCUUCACGACACUGACUAUCAGCGAGCUGAAGAUCAACGGCCCUGAGGAGAUUGAGGCUUGA